AUUUAUAAGUGUAACAUAUAUUUAUAUGAUAUCAUCAUCAACAUUUGUGCAUUGAUAUAAUAUUCUCCUACAUAUAUAUCCCAUGGCAGAUAAUAAUUGUCAAUUCUACACAUUAACUCUCUUAUUCAUAUCUUCAUUAUGCAUAUUAAGCAUAGCCCUAAUCAUCAAAGAAGAUCAAAACAACAAAAGUUUUGCCAAAACCCUAGACCCUAACACACUAAACCUCAAUAAGCAACAAAAGCUCACACAAUUCCACUUCUAUUGGCAUGACAUAGUGAGUGGUAAGAAGCCAAGCUCAGUGAUGGUAAUCCCACCUCAAGCCAACUACUCCUCGACGAGUUUCGGGAUGGUGGCGAUGAUCGACGAUCCUCUAACCGAAGGGCCCGAGCUAAGCUCCAAGAUUGUGGGAAAGGCACAAGGGUUUUAUGGGUCAGCAUCACAAGAAGAGGUUGGCCUUAUUAUGGCCAUGAAUUUUGCUUUUAGUGAAGGAAAAUAUAAUGGAAGUACCAUAACUAUUCUUGGUAGGAACACUGUUUUUUCUAAGGUAAGAGAGAUGCCUGUGAUUGGAGGAAGUGGCAUGUUUAGGUUUGCUAGAGGUUAUGUUCAGGCUAGGACUCAUCAAUUCACUCCAUCUAGUGGAGAUGCCAUUGUUGAGUACAAUGUUUUUGUUUUGCACUAUUGAUUAUCAUUGUUAAUAUUAUCAAAUCAUAAGAUCUUGAUUUUGAUCAAUAUAGAUAAUAUCAUGCAUAUUAUGAUGAUCAUCCAUGUUGUUGUUGUAUGUGACUUGUGUUUGUGUGGUGGUUAGCUUUUUUUUUUAUUUAUUUAUUUAUUUUAGGUGAGAUUUGACACCCCACUAAAUAAAAAUAAUGUAUGAUUUCUAAUUAGAGUGGUUUUAUAUUAUUUCUUGUAAUUAUUACACGUUUUAA